CUUUGGUAUAAGUCUAAAAGGUCAAAAGGCUAAAAUUAAUGUACUCACUCGAUAUAGUACUCAGCGUCUAAGAGAUGGCUUCAAUGGCUGAUCAACAUACUGUGGGACUAGUUCAUGCCCCAGAGGUGCUUGCUGCAAGCUCAUCCAGCAGCUCAUCUGCUGAUCAGAGACCCACCACUGGAUACAAGCGACCUAGACUCUCUGAUGAGCAGGCCAAGCGACUAAACAGACCUCAAAUACCAGUCCUAGCAGACGACGAGCUCACCUCUGAUUCAGACUCUGAUAUCGAACCAGACGUGCCCACAGGAUUAGAGGGAGCAGCGUUUGCCAGUCGUAUGCCGGCCAAUAAGAUGACUCAGCAGGAGGCGGAGUUCUUCUACGACAUAGCCAGAGGGUCACAGUCGGCAGUGCUCGAGUUUCUGUUCAUUAGAAACAAGUUAUUGGCCACCUGGUUGGCUGACCCCACCCAGGAGCUGACUGGCGACAGGGCACAGAGCACAGUGCUGCUACCCCAUACAGGGAAGGCUAACCUGGUCAUGCGUAUCCAUGGCUACCUGCAACGAUAUGGUCUAGUCAACUAUGGUGUGAUCAACAGAGUCAAUCCUAUGCACGGAAAGAUGCCAUUCAAGGUGGUUGUGUUGGGGGCUGGGGUCAGUGGACUAAUGGCAGCAAGACAGUUGGCAUACUUUGGACUUGAAGUCAUCGUAGUAGAAGCGAGAGAUCGUAUUGGUGGGCGUGUCCAUACCUUUAGGAAGGGGCAGUACGUAGCGGACUUGGGUGCCAUGGUGAUUACCGGGCUGGGGGGAAACCCCCUCUCCAUCAUCAAGAAACAGACUGGUCUCAACAUGUCCAAGAUUAAACAGCGAUGCCCUCUUUAUUUCACAACCGGUGAGAUGGUGAAGAAGGAGACUGACAAGACAGUGGAGCUAGAGUUCAACAGACUCCUCGACUCUGUGUCCCACCUCUCACACCACCUGCAGGUCGACCAGCUGGCGGGGAAACCCCUUUCAUUAGGCCAGGCUCUCGAGCUCGUUAUUGAACUACAAGAGAAGCACAUUCGUGAGAAGCUGUUAGAGCAUCUCAAGUCCACCAUGGUAAUGCAGUCAGAACUGAUGGAGAUGCAGAGGAAAGUGCUGGACACGGAGGCGAAGAUCACCGAGACUCAUGGUAGACAGGAGAGGCUGUUGGAGUCUGCCACAAGUGAUAGUGACCGAGAGUUUGUGAGUCAGUCCAUUGAGGCGGAGCUCAUCCAGUUAUUUAAGAGUUACGAUGACCUGUGCGAGCAGAGGCAGGAGCUCGAGAACAAACUGGACGAAGCAGAAGACACUACUCUACCCUCUGUCUACCUAUCUCCUCGCGACCGUCAGAUCUUGGACUGGCACUUUGCCAACCUCGAGUUUGCCAAUGCCACGCCCCUCUCCAAGCUAUCGCUCAAGCAUUGGGACCAAGAUGAUGAGUUUGAAUUCACAGGAUCUCACCUGGCCUGUCGGGAUGGUUACGAUCAGCUCCCCUCACAGCUGGCAAAGGGACUGGACAUUAGACUCAACACGGCUGCCUAUGAGGUCAACUACAGUACAGAUGGUGUUGAGAUACACACUCGCUCCACACAGACGGGCUGCUCCACCAUAUUCAGAGCGGAUGCUCUCAUUGUGAGUGUUCCUCUAGGAGUCCUCAAGUCCUCGGCCAUCACCUUCCACCCUCCUCUCCCAGAGUGGAAGACUCAGGCCAUUCACAAUCUCGGCUUUGGGCUGCUUAACAAAGUCAUAUUGUGCUUUGAGCAGCGUUUCUGGGAUUCACAUGUACACCUGUUUGGUCAUGUUGCUACGGGAACUACCUCAAGAGGACAGCUGUUCAUGUUCUGGCACUUGAGUCAUGCUCCAGUGCUCAUCGCUCUGUUAGCAGGUGAAGCAGCUGUCAAGUUUGAGUCCCUACCUGAUGAUGUGAUUGUUGCCAAGGCACUUUCUGUUCUACGCUCAGUUUUCGGUGAUCGAUCAGUGCCUGAGCCCACAGAUAGUCAUGUGACCAGGUGGCGUCAGGACGAGUAUGCCCGAGGCUCCUACUCGUAUGUGGCAGCUGGCUCUAGUGGUAAUGACUAUGAUUUUCUAGCAGCUGCCGUCAGUCCAGCUCGUAACGGUCCAUUGGUCCCACGCCCACGAGUAUUCUUUGCUGGGGAGCACACCAUUAGAAACUACCCAGCUACUGUACAUGGAGCCCUCCUCAGUGGACUCAGGGAGGCAGGAAAGGUUGGAGACAUGUUGCUGGGUGCCCCGUACACACCCCGCCCCCUAUCAACCAAUGCCGAGGUGGCCCAACCAGCUGCCCCCCUCGCUGAGCUCGUGUCACAGAACUAACUGGACUCUCUAUAACCCUGUACAUUAUGUGUUUCUUUCAUUUUGUACUACAAUGUAUUUCUUUUGAUCUCUACUGCAUUCAUAAUACAUGAUUACAUAUUGCUCUACAA